UCAAGAAAUUUAUUUUACUUUAUUUACGAUACCAAAUCAAAGCAAUCCCUAAAACCCCAAAUCCAAAAUCCCAAAUCCAAAUUCUCACUCUCAAUUCUUCUUCUUGUUCUCUGAACUGUGUCUCCAGAUUGUUGAAUUGUUGUUUCGAAUAGUAAAAUGGUUUAUAUAACUUCCUGGGACGAGUUCGCUGACCGAACUCUACAAUUGUUCCGUGCCGAUCCUGAAUCUACACGGUAUGUUAUGAAAUACAGACAUUGUGAUGGAAAAUUGGUUCUCAAGGUCACUGAUGAUCGAGAGUGUCUGAAGUUUAAGACAGACCAAGCACAGGACGCUAAGAAAAUGGAAAAGCUCAACAAUUUGUUUUUCACUUUGAUGGCUCGAGGUCCCGAAGCGGAUACAUCAGAAGUUACCGGAAAAGAACACAUGGAUGCUCAGCCACCCAAGAAAGGAAGAGGAAGGAAACAAUAGUUUUGUUAGAUUAUAAAGAAGAGUUAUUUAGACAAAUCUUGAUUGACUCAUGGAUUCCUUCAAAAGGGGGAGAAAGAAAAUAUAUUUGUUAGCCAAUUUUUGCAUUGCCAUUUAGCAAGUUCUUGAGAGUUUAUUGAUAUUUUUUUUCUUCUUGUGGUUUAUAAAAUAUUGAAUUGCAAUUUUAGGUCUUGCUUCUCUUAGAUUAAUUAGCAUUUAUGCUAUAUGUUGGCUCGAACUUUAGUGAAGAGAAAAACUAUUAGGGGGGCUUUUGGAAAGUUAUGGUGUAAUUGAAUUUAAGUGUAAUUAGAGGUAAUUACACAAUUUGUAUAUUUGUUUAACUAUGUGAUUACACUCUAAUUGUGUAAUUGGAUGUAAUUGAGGAGUUUUAAUCACUCUCUCUAAUUCUCAUGUC